AUGAGUGAGAGCUCAGUCCUUGCUCUCCAGCUCUCCACACGCUUCUCCCUCUGCAAGUGUGUGCUCCCAGAGGACAGGUCAGAGGUGCACUCCCAAGAUGAAAUUCAACUAUGUAAUUACCUAGACCUUGAAAUACUGAAAAGACAGGCAUCAUCAGAAAGCUCAAAGAUACAACACACUGCAGCAGAGUAUUUUUUACAUCUCAGUAAACACUUGAAAUCUCCUUUACCGGAUCCUUUCUUGGGAUGUGUUGUCACAUUACUAUACUCGUCUGACCUGAACGUGCAGAAGACCACCUCCCUCUCCCUUGUCAACUUUUUACUAAAAGACACCAUUUGUAUCAACACAGUGAUUGACAUGAAGAUUCUGGAGCCAUUGAUAGAACUGUUUAAAUCUGGCGAUGCAGUAGCCCAGUCUAACUCCUGUGCAUGCAUAAUUAUGUUCGCCUCUUCAGAGGCUAAGGCAGAUGCUAUCAUUCAUGACGGUAUCAUCCCAAUGUUGGCUUUAGCAAAGUCGUAUGAUCCACAAGUUCAGCAGGAUGCUGCCUGGGCUUUGUUACAAUUUACACAGUCAGAAUAUUCAACUAAACUCUUGUGUCAGUGCGGGGCUCUUCCAGUCUUGGUCCUUCUGCUGCAAUCCUCUAAUUCACAACUUCAGUUCCUCAGCUGUUCAGCUCUGUGUAAUAUUGCUUCUAUACUGAAGCUCCAACCAACACUGUUAAAUGCAUGUGGCUGCUAUUUAAGUCGAUCUCUAGUAAAUCUAAUGUCUUCUACAGUGACAAAGAAUGCAGCAAAAGCAUGUCAGUGUCUCCACCUUCUUGCCCACAAUGUGCAGAUCCAGGUCCGGUUGAUGGAACUAGACUGUGUUUUGCCAUUGAAAACAUUGUUGAGAACUUCCAGUCUAAUUUACAUUGAGCCAGCCUUAACACUACUGUGCAUGUUGUCUGCACAUGCACCUAAUAAAGAUGUCUUGGUGGGUGAAGGAGUCCUGGAUGUGAUUGGUCAACUUUUUCAUUGUCAUAACUCCUGUCCCACAAUAGUGAUACACUGCUCCAAAAUCAUCUCUCAUUUGGCCAACUCAGAUUUAGGCCCACAGGCUGUUACAGAUACCAUGUGCGUAUCUGGACUCCUGAUGGCACUUGAAAACCAAACUAUGUCUGACGAGGAUUUGCUCCAAGUGACUUCAUGUUUACAGCAGCUUAUUAACAUAGGUACUUUAAGAUCUCAUGUGGUUGCACAAGUUGCAUCAGAGCAUAUUACGAGGCUGGUGAAUGUAUCUAGACAAACAAGUAAUCCUUUGUUAUCCUUCUCAUGUACUGCUAUUUUAAGUAAACUUAGUAAAGUAAGUAAAGCCUUUCCUGUUAACCAAAUUAAUUUAAGGAAGUUUUGUACACCACAUAACGAAUCAUGCAUUACAGAAGAUCUGGCAGACAUUUAG